CGCCGACACAAUCAUGCAGUCGUCGUCACUGCUACUACAUCGAAGUAAAUGAGGCCUGGGACUUGUUCUAUUCUUUAUCGCCGUCGCCUCUGCUGUCACCCUAGCUCACGAACCAACACGAUACAACUUACAGGACAAUCAUCAUGGCACAGCCUACACCAUCCACCAGUAGAUCGCGUCUCCGCGAUAUUUUACCGCAACUCCACCUGGGCAAGUGGCCGACUGGUCCUCUCAACUCCAUCACCGACGUUCCUGGAGUCCUUGUCAACACACAAUCUAUCCAGCCCGACAGAAAUGUGAACACAGGCGUAACCACGAUUCUCCCCCGGUCGGACUGGUUCAAAUACUCAUGCCAUGCCGGGAUCUUUAGGUUCAAUGGCUGCGGCGAGAUGACCGGCACCCACUGGAUCGAGGAGACGGGGCUGUUGACGUCGCCCAUCAUCCUCACCACUUCGUCCUCCAUCGGCGACGCAUACCGCGGCGUCUUAGAGUAUGCGUUCCGCCACCACUCUAAUGAAGAGGGAGAUAUGGAUCUCUUCAUAUUUCCUCUCGUUGCCGAAACGUAUGAUGGCUACUUAAACGAUCAGUCUCGCUUUGCUGUUACGCCAGAACAUGUUGUCACUGGCAUCCUAGGGGCCAGCUCGGAUCGCGUGCCUGAGGGAAACACGGGUGGUGGCACUGGGAUGAUAUGCCACAGAUUCAAGGGCGGGACGGGGUCGAGCAGUCGAGUCGUCAGGGGCGUUGAUGUGACAGGAAAGCCGAAGGAUUACACAGUCGGCGCUCUAGUUCAGGCAAACUACGGAGCCCAAGAGAACCUGCACAUUGGCGGCGUCCCAGUCGGGCGCAUCAUCAAGUCGCAACAAACCGCUGACAGUUCAAAAAACACAUGCGACACAGACUCUUCGAGCAAGGAACCUCGAAAAGACGGGAGCAUCAUCGUCAUCAUCGCCACGGACGUCCCCCUCACUCCAGUUCAGCUUCAGCGCGUUGCCAAACGGGCCACCGUCGGACUCGCCAAGGUGGGCGGUUACGGGAGCAACUCAUCCGGAGACAUAUUCCUCGCCUUUUCGACGGCGGCCAAGGUGCCGUUCCAAGAGUUCUCGAUGGUUGCAGGGGCGACGCCAGUGGUGAACCCCUACCAGCCGCUGCCGCGGGCGGUGGAGAUGCUGGACAACGACUCGAUCAACGGGGUGUUUGAGGCUGCCGCCGAUGCGACGGAGGAGGCGAUUUAUAACGCGUUGUGCAUGGCGGAAACGAAGACGGGGUAUAAGGGGCGGAGUGUAGAGGCGUUAGAUCUGGACAAGAUGCGAGAGAUUGUAAGGAGCCGCCUAUGAUAUCCUAUAGCUUGUGCGGUUGGAUUAGGAGAGUUGCUGUCUAAGAUGCACGGUUGAGAGUUAUCUGGAACUUGUGUGUGGCCUCGGUCCAUGCUCUGAACGGAUAGGUAUUGCUCGCUCAAAUCCGGCGUGGCUAGCAUAGGGUUCAAAGGUGAUAACCUCCUGGCUUCAAACUAUAUCUUGAGCAACUCUAUGGUCUUUUUCCGAUCACGAAUCAUUUCUUUCUUUCUUCGAAGGAGAAAUACCGGAGCUGGGUUGGAAACAGGUUUGCUCAGUAGCGGGUUGCUCAGCCUCCCUCGUCAUCAUCCAGCCCCAUACUCCGUAUUGAACGCGGAACUUUGAACGCCAGGCCCUUACGCCAGGUGACAGAUAGGACAGUAUUUACUGUGAAUAUGCAAUUAGCAACUAGCUUGUAAAUCGAAUAUACAAGGCAAGAGAUGCACGAUCUCGAACGGUCUACAGCACCUUAUACA